GUAACCCCUUCCAGUGCUCCCAGUGCCCCCAUUCCCCCCAGUGUUCCCAGUCCCUCCAGUAACACCUCCCAGUGCUCCCAGCAGCCCCUCCCAGUGCCCCCAGUCCCCGAGUAACCCUUCCCAGUGACCCCGUUCACCCCAGUAGCCCCUCCCAGUGCUCCCAGUCCCCCCCGUAACCCUCCCUUAGCGUUCCUGGUCCCCCCAGUAACACCUCCCGGUGCCCCCGGUAACCCCUCCAGUGCUCCCAGUCCCCCCACUAGCCCCUCCCAGAGCCCCCGUUCCCCCCAGCGACCCUCCCCGGCGCUCCCAGUCCCCGCCGGCGCCCCGGCCACCAUGUCGUCGUGCGCGGAGGUGCUGCGUUUCCAGCUGCCGGGCCACGAGGCGGCCGCGCUGCGGAGCAUGAACCGGCUGCGGGCGGAGGAGCGCUUCUGCGACGUCACCAUCGUGGCGCGGAGCCUGCGCUUCCGAGGCCACCGCGUCAUCCUGGCCGCCUGCUCCCCCUUCCUCCGCGACCAGUUCCUCCUCAACCCGGCGGCCGAGCUCCGCGUCUCGCUGGCCCACAGCGCCCGCGUCCUGGCCGACCUCCUCCUCUCCUGCUACACCGGCGCCCUCGAGUUCGCCGGCCGCGACCUCGUUAACUACCUGACGGCCGCCAGCUACCUGCAGAUGGAGCACGUGGUGGAGCGCUGCCGCGGCGCCCUCGCCCGCUUCAUCCAGCCGCCCCCCCCCGCCGGGCAGCCCCCCCUGCGCCCCCCGCCGCCCCCCAAGCCCGAGGAGGAGGAGGAGGAGGAGGAGGAGGAGGACGCCGCGCCCGACGUCUGCAUCGUCAAGGUGGAGCCGGCGGCGGCGGCGGCGGCGGCGGCGGUGGCGGCGGGGGCGCGGCGGCGGCGGGGACCCCGCGCGUGGCCGCAGGCGGCGGCGGCGGCGGCGGAGGGGCCGUCGGCCCCCCCCGAGCCCCCCCGGCCCCCGCCGCUGGGCGUGGUGAAGGCGUGUUACGCCUGGCCGAGGACGCCGAAGGCGAGGGGCUCCUCAUCUUCCCGCCCGGCGGCGGCGGCGGCGGCGGCGGCAGCGGGCGGCGGCGGAGGAGCCGGGCGGCGCCAACCCGCCGGCGGCGGGCGGCGGCGACGUCGCGGCGGCGGCCGGCAAUCGCGGCGGCGGCGGCGCCCGGCGGCGGCCCCGGCGCUGUGCGGGAAGUGCGGCGAGGCCUUCCAGGGCGUGGAGAAGCUGGUGUUCCACAUGCGGGCCCAGCACUUCGUCUUCAUGUGCCCGCGGUGCGGGAAGCAGUUCAACCACAGCAGCAACCUCAACCGGCACAUGAACGUCCACCGCGGCGUCAAGUCGCACGGCUGCGGCGUCUGCGGCAAGAGCUUCACCCAGAAGUCGACGCUGCACGACCACAUGAACCUGCACAGCGGCGAGCGGCCGUACCGCUGCUCCUACUGCGACGUCCGCUUCGCCCACAAACCCGCCAUCCGCCGGCACCUCAAGGAGCAGCACGGCAAGACCACCGCCGAGAACGUGCUGGAGGCCAGCGUGGCCGAGAUCAACGUCCUCGUCCGCUGACGGGGCCGGGGGGGGGCGGGCGGCGGGGACCCCCGGGGUCAGCUGCGCCGGAGAGGGGGGGGGGUCCUGCCCGGACGCCU